AUGCCCAGAGUUAGGACUUUAAAUACCAAGCCUCCUCCGGAAGGCUGGGAUUUAAUCUCGGAAACCUUGGAAUCUCUCGAGGAUAAGAUGAAGCAGGCUCAGUUGGAAUCCGGCGAUGGAAAGAGGCGCACUGAGGUCCUCUGGCCCAUUUUCAGGAUUCACCACCAGAGAUCCCGCUAUAUUUACGAGAUGUUUUAUCAAAAGAAGCUAAUCUCCCGUAAGUUUCCCUUUUAUUCUCCUACUUAUUCCCCAGGCUACGCCGAUGCCAACUUAAUUUCAAAGUGGCGCAAGCAGGGCUACGAAUUCCUUUGCUGCCUUCGCUGUGUUCAGACUUCCGGCCAGAAUUUUGGCACCAGCUGCAUCUGUCGCGUUCCUAAGCGUGACCUUGAGCCUGGCAAGGUCAUUGAAUGUGUUUUGUGCGGUUGUCGUGGCUGUGCCAGCUGCGACUUUUAA